UCACCCACUGGCCUGAGAGAACAUGGCUGCCUCAAGAGCCUCUUAUCUAAAUGUGCUUGGCGUGCUGCUCAUCCUCUCUGGAGCCAACUGCAAGUCUGUCGAAAGCAAUGUAACUUUGGCUCCUAUCAACAUGCCUGAACAAAAAAGAUUUGACGCCUCGCUCACGAACAGCACAUGGGUGGUACCAUCCCCAUGUGACGUCACACAAGACGAAAAUUACGUCAUUGUCAAUUGUAGCUCUCGAAUGAUUAUCAAGCCGCAUGCAAUAUGGUUUCCUAGCAAUACCAAUUGCCUUAUUUUGGCUAACAACAAUAUACGGAUCCUACCCAACGGCACCUUCAGGCAUCUGUCACAGCUUCGGUAUCUGAGCGUACGCAACAACACACUGAAAUUUCUGGAAGACGAUGUCUUUGAUGGUUUAGGCAGUCUUGAGCAUCUCGAUUUGGAAGACAACGGUCUUGCGUCCUUAUACUGUUGUGCAACAGUUCCAUACGACUUGGAAUCGUCUUCUGUUCCUCCUGGAAUAUUUGAACCGUUGGUAUCACUUCGUGUUCUCCGUUUGAAGAAGAACAGCGGCGGUUGUUUCCGAGAUAUGUAUCCACCUCUCCUCAUAGAGCCGCUAAAAAAUCUCACUACGCUCAGUCUAGAGGUGACGAAUAAAGAAACAUAUCUUGGAUACUACUUCUCCAGCUUGCCUUUUCUUGAACGACUUGAACUGAUGACAUACGGAGAAAAAAUCACUUCGAGAAGUUUUGAAUGCUUGCGGGGAAGUAAGUUAAAGGAACUUCUAAUAGAGGAAGCAGUGCGAUUAGUUCAGUUUGACAAAGAGGCUCUUGAACCGUUAGAUCGUCUAGAAACGUUCGGAGUCUCCAAAGGUGCAAUUGAUUUGCACACUUUGUUUCCAGCCCUACGUCCGCUGACAAAUCGAAUUAUGAAAACUCUGCACUUUGUGGAAGUCAACCAGGGAAACAAACAUUUGCACUUCGUUGGAAAAGGACACGAUCUUGGAGCUGUCAUUGGGAAUAUAUGUGUAGAGACAUUGGUUCUUAGAAACAGUCGCUUGGCAUCAUUUGACUUUGAUUGGAGUCGGGAAAUACCGCUGACAAGAUGUUUACGUCAUUUAGAUCUUUCUCAUAACCCCGAACCUUAUUAUAAUUUGACCUCAUGGAAAAAUCUCGAAACCUUCUCAAUGACAAACAGUUAUAAGAGUUUAGCAAGUGUGUAUCAUCAGGAAUUGUCGAUGUAUCGCCACCUGGCCUCAAGUAAAUUUAAAUGUGUAACGUAUAAAGAAAUAAAGGUGGUCGGAAAUUAUUCUUACUUGUUUCCUACUAAUCUUCGUUACCUUAAUCUAUCGCAUUCCGAGGUCAUUGAACGUCCAUUCAGAGCAAAUUUCCUUUACAAAAAUGCUGGCAGUCUGACGGAUCUUGACAUAAGUUACAACCACUUUAAACAUAUCACGGGGAGUUUGCGUGGUCUUACAAACCUCAGGAGACUCUAUAUGUCUCACAACGAUCUUUCCGAAUUGGUCCUCAACUUCUUAGACUUCUUCCCCAAACUGGAGUUUCUAGAUCUGUCCAACAACCAGUUGAACAAGACUAUGAUGACCAUGCACAGCGGUCGCUUGUUUGCUAAGCUCACGGUAUUGAAAUAUCUGGAUCUCUCUAACAACGACUUAGAACAUCUAAGCCCAAACACAUUUAGCUCUAACCCUAAACUGGAGAGCUUAAUCCUUCAUCACAACUCUUUCACGUCGAUUCCCGUUUCCCUGAAAUUUGUCCCGAACCUUAACGUAUUAAAUCUUCAAGACAACGCUAUACAUGUCUUAUCCAGAGGUGACAUCAACCAACUCGAUGACGCUUAUUUGGUAAAUAAGAACUUAACAUUAUUGAUGGAGAGAAAUAUGCUUACAUGUAGUUGUUCAGGAUUAUCUUCUUUGACCUGGUUAAGGUCGACAGCUAUGAAGAUAGAUUCAAUCGAACAUCUUAUGUGCCUGACAGACGACAUAUAUAUAAUAUUUGUAGCAGAAAGUGAACCCCCAAAGGUUCUCUGGAGACAUUGCAAUGGUCGAUUCUUUUUCCUGAUCGCCACAAUCAUACUCAGUGGAUGUAUAACCGUGUUCCUGUCUACUGUCUUGAUAUUCAAAUUCCAAACUUAUAUCAAAACGUUCUUGCUGAAUGCUAUCGCUCCUGACUUCAAGCUGAAAACACCAAAGGACUACAGAACGGGUGUGUUUAUCGGCUACGCUGAUGCGGAUUACGGUUUUCCUUGUGGAGAGCUGAACACAUUCAUCGAAAGGGAGCUGGGCCUAUCCACCUAUAUCCGAGACCGUGACCAAAUGCUUGGCAUGAGCAUGGCGGACGGCAUCGUGGAGGCCAUCAACAACAGCUGGAGGCUGGUGCUUCUCGUCACUGACAACUUCCUUGACGGAGACGAGUGGGCACUUUUCACGUUGAAGACAGCCAUCUACUCCCAGACUCCAGAUAACCCACACAGAUUGGUGGUCGUGUGUAAAAACAAAUGGUCACGCCGCCUUCCCCUUCAGUUGUUGAGCGCUGUUGUUGAGGAUAACUUGAUCUGUUUGCCAAGACUGAGGCUCAACUAUCACUUACGUCAGAAACUCCGGGAAACAUUGCUACCCCACUGCACUUCUAAACCUUUAAAUGAGGCGUAUGGCAGUCUGACAGCUUCCCUGGCUCCAUAUUUCUUCCUGUGUGGAACAUUGAUCCUGUUUCACGUAGUAUGUCCAAACGAAAAGAACAAUAAUCCACCCAAACCACCGUAUCCUGCCCCUUGGCUCAACGAUCUUUCAGUAAUGGCGAUGUUCAAAGCCUCUCUUUCAAGUAAUUUCUCAACACCACCACCCUGCGAUAUCCGCCUCGAUGGUAACGACGUUUUAGUCAAUUGCAGCUCUCGUAUGAUCACUCAACUAAACACCACAGGGUUUCCUGACAACACAACUAUUCUCAUCUUGGACAACAACUGCCUAAGCGUUUUGCGGAACAGGACGUUUUCUCAUCUCACACAACUCGGACAUUUGAGCGCUCGUCACUGCUACAUCAAAGAGUUAGAAGAGAACGCCUUUUUCGGUUUAGGCAAACUUGAGUAUCUGGAUUUAGAACAUAAUGCCUUAGCGUCAGCAUCCUGUGAUUUUACUAUGCCUCUGAAUUCUAGAAAAACAGUUCCUUUAAGAGUUUUCGAACCGCUUGUGUCACUUCGAGUUCUUCGGCUGAAAGAAAACUCCCUUCGCUGCCCAGUUGACAUGUAUCCAAAACAGUUCUUGGACCCAUUAAAGAAUCUUACUGUACUGAGUCUUGAAGUGGCAAACACAUACCUUGGAAACUAUUUCUCUAGUUUGCCAUUACUAGAACGAUUAGAACUCAUGACGUCUUCGAAAAUUAUUGAUUCAACAAGUUUUGAAUGUCUGCGUGACAGUAAGUUAAGGGAACUAUUUAUAGACGAGGCUUUGAGAUUGUAUAGGUUUGACAGAGAGGCCCUGAGACCUUUGGGUAGUUUGGACAGUUUUGGUGUUUUUCGAAGUCCCGUUCCUCUUCCUUAUUUACUUGAUGCCACGGCUACUCUAACGAACAGAACCAUGAAAGUUUUACAUUUCGAUGACGUCAGUCGCAUUUCUGAUGAAGGUAUUUUAAUCAGACCAUGGUCAGAUCGUGCUGGUUUUCUUCCUAUGGUGUGUGUCGAAAAACUGAUACUAAGAAAAAGUCGUUUGAAAUCUCUUUACUUUGAUCCUGUCGAGGCCCGGAGGUUAAUGAAAUGUGUGAAACAUUUAGACCUUUCUGAAAAUUACGAACCGUUUUAUAAUCUAACAGGAUGGAGUAAUCUAGAAACAGCGGAAAUAACAAACAGUUACAUCGGGAACGCUGAGGCAGAAUAUAGAAGAAAUGCACCGUCCAUGACCUUUGUUCAAAGGCAAAGAGGAGACGAAUGUGCAGUUUUUGAGAACACAAUCAAUGAAACAAAUUUUACCUCCCGGUACGUGUUUCCUUCUAAACUUCAUUUCUUAAACCUGUCCCAUUCCUCCGUCUACAGAACUUCAUUUCAGUGGGACUUCUUUUAUCAAAACGCUGACAGUCUGAGAGUCCUCGACUUAAGUAAUAAUCAGUACCAACAGGUCACGGGAAGUCUGCGUGGUCUGACAAACCUCCAGAGACUCUAUAUGUCCCACAACGAUCUUUAUGAGUUUAACCUCAACUUCUUUGACUUCUUCCCCAAACUGGAGUUUCUAGAUCUGUCCAACAACCAGUUGAACAAGACUAUGAUGACCAUGCACAGCGGUCGCUUGUUUGCUAAGCUCACGGUAUUGAAAUAUCUGGAUCUCUCUAACAACGACUUAGAACAUCUAAGCCCAAGCACAUUUAGCUCUAACCCUAAACUGGAGAGCUUAAUCCUUCAUCACAACUCUUUCACGUCGAUUCCCGUUUCCCUGAAAUUUGUCCCGAACCUUAACGUAUUAAAUCUUCAAGACAACGCUAUACAUGUCUUAUCCAGAGGUGACAUCAACCAACUCGAUGACGCUUAUUUGGUAAAUAAGAACUUAACAUUAUUGAUGGAGAGAAAUAUACUUACAUGUAGUUGUUCAGGAUUAUCUUCUUUGACCUGGUUAAGGUCGACGGCAAUGAAGAUAGAUUCAAUCGAACAUCUUAUGUGCCUGACAGACAACAUAUAUGUAAUGUCUGUAGCAGAAAGUGAACACCCAAAGGCUCUCUGGAGACAUUGCAAUGGUCGAUUCUUUUUCCUGAUCGCCACAAUCAUACUCAGUGGAUGUAUAACCGUGUUCCUGUCUACUGUCUUGAUAUUCAAAUUCCAAACUUAUAUCAAAACGUUCUUGCUGAAUGCUAUCGCUCCUGACUUCAAGCUGAAAACGCCAAAGGACUACAGAACGGGUGUGUUUAUCGGCUACGCUGAUGCGGAUUACGGUUUUCCUUGUGGAGAGCUGAACACAUUCAUCGAGAGGGAGCUGGGCCUAUCCACCUAUAUCCGAGACCGUGACCAAAUGCUUGGCAUGAGCAUGGCGGACGGCAUCGUGGAGGCCAUCAACAACAGCUGGAGGCUGGUGCUUCUCGUCACUGACAACUUCCUUGACGGAGACGAGUGGGCACUUUUCACGUUGAAGACAGCCAUCUACUCCCAGACCCCAGACAACCCACACAGAGUGGUGGUCCUGUGUACGACCGCUGUUUCCCGUCGACUUCCCCUACAACUGUUGAGCGCUCUGACUGAGGACAAUUUCAUCUGUCAGCCGAGACUGAUGCUAAACUACUACUUACAACAGAAACUCCUGGCAACAUUACUACCCCGCUGAACGAUGAACAGAAUCUGGAAAGUGAGACAAGACUUGAGGCAAGAAUAGGCAAGACUACAAUUGUUUUGGUACCUGUACUAGCUACAUUCCAGUAAA